AUGCUACUUCAUCCUGCGCCUGCCCAACCAAAAACACAGGACGGAACUGGUAUCACACUCACUAAACUCAAGAGGACAUCCGUGCGCGUCAACAACAUAGGAUCUUCCGUCGAGGACUCGGCUGAAUACGUUUGCGUCGACGACGGAGGACAACCGCAAGUGGGGUUGAGCCAAUCUGACGGCAAUCUUGUCGAUAGCGUUGUGAGCGUCGAUCGCGUUGACCACCGAAUCGAGAAACACAGCCACCGCAGCAACGAAGUCGAUCUCAACAACACCGACAGUCCAAAGAGCCGCUCUGCGAGAGAACCUUCCACCCACACCGUGUCCGUCGAUCCGACGAUGACGGGCGCUCGGUCGAAAGGUCGCCCACCCCUUCGACACAUUCACUCCGAAGGUCAAAUCAUCACAACUCCUCUUACGGCUCUUGUCGACCAGGAGGUUGUGAGGAACAAUCUCGACCGGAGUACCGAGUGCAUGAACACGCUCGAGGAAGAGCCCGACUCUUCGCAUCCGCAUCACGUCCUCAACCGGAAGGAGAAUCUAAGCAGUUUGCAUCUUUUGAAGGACAACGACGAGCAUCGUACGCCGAGGCCGAGCGGUGGAAGGCCCAGGGUCGCCCCCGGUCACCAGCAGCCCUAGAGGACCUCGAGUCCGAUCGAGGGCUCCCGACCGGGAGGGGGAUUCCUUAGGCAGGCCACCCCGUACACCAAGGAGUACAUGUACGAAGUCAAAGCGGACGACGAACACAGAUCCAGUCGGACAAGCACCGGCUUGUCCCGAGGAUUCACCUACACAGAGCAGCAGAGCAGAGACAAGACCUUUUCGCCUACGUCGCCUGAUCGCGUCAAGUCCAAGGUCGAGAAAGGUCUUGCGUUCACUUAUUCGCCGAGCGGUGCCCCGACGACGAUCCUCAAACAGUCCUCUGCACACGACCGGUCUUCCUCCAGCCUGACCGACUCGAUGUCGAGAAGUUUCGGGUCGACGCCACCGACAUCGCCGACAAAGACAGCCGGUGGUGAUUCAAUCUACUCACGACCCACCGCCGCCCCUAGGACCGUUACGUCCUCCAGGAUGAGCGGGAUGACGUCCACGUCACCACCCCGCAAGUCCCCGAUCCCACAGAAACCGAAAAGCGCUUCCAGACCGGGGGCCGUCACGCCUUCAUCUCAUAGAGACAUCGACUCCAGUGGCGGCAGUGAAGAGGAGAACAGCGACGAAUCUUUCGAGGAGUGCAGGCAGGAAAGACCGCCGAGAUCUGCCGGCGUGGUUACCGGGAGGUUGGACACGAGCGCCGAACGCAAGGUUUCGAUAAUCAAUCCACCGGUCACCUCCACAAGGACCUAUCCACGCAGCUCGCACAGUCGGACUCCCCCACCGCAAGAGGAAUACUACGCCACGCCCAAGUCCGCGCUCGUCAAGAGCUACGAAAUUCCGGUCAAAAGGACCGUGACACACACCUCGUUGACGACACCGUCUUCGGACCGAAGUUUCGACUACAGUUUCGACUCUGCGAGCAAGGGUAUGAUGGCCCCGAGCACGCACCGUUCUGCAUACGGCCAGCCCUCUGCAUCUUACAAGUACCGCCAGGAUUCGAGAGAUAGAAGUCAGGAGACUAGCGCGGUCAAGGAUACCUCGUUCGGAUCGCUAGGCAGGCUAUCGAAACAACCACCGAAGUCGCCUUCCGCAUCUUUCGAGAAGGAUUCCCAGUCCUACACGUCGACGACAUCGUCCGGCCGAUUCGAGAAGACGGAAACCAUUCCUCAGAGAUCCACUGGGAACGCCGCAAUGGAAACGGGCGCGAGCCCAACGGCGGCCGGGGGUUUGGUUUACGACGACAAGACCGGUGAGUACACCAGAUACUCAACUACGACUCAGCAGCAACAGCAAACCCUCGUCACGGAGCACAUCGCGUCCACUGGUCGAGUGAUGUCCGUCCCGGUGGACCAACUGCCACAAACGAUAGUGAAGACCGAAUCGAUGAAGUACGACAACGGAAUGGCGUCGAACACAACGUCCUCUUCGACCAAAACCGGCCCAGUAGUAUCGACCGAGACCCGAAAAGUCGCGUACUCGGUCGAUACCAUCGCUGAAGACGGACUCCCGCUUGGCGGUUAGUAUUCAACGACGAAAGUUACGACGCAACACGUCCCGCCCCACGACAUAUCCGUCGAGCAGGAAGGCGAAAUCAACUCGUGGCAGACCAUCUCUUCAAAAACUCGCACCGUGGAGACGGUCACGUACAAGAUGGAGAGAGAUGGAGUCGUAGAGACUCGCGCAGAGCAGAAGAUAACCAUUCAGAGUGACGGCGAUCCGAUAGACCAAGCGCUUGUGGAGAAGAUCGAAAUUCAACAACAAGGAGGAACCUAA